AACUGCUCUGUACUAAAUUUGGUCACGCAGCGCUCCAAGAUUCCCUGGAAUGUCCUCAAGUUUCAAACAGCUCUGACAGCGAGGUAGGCCCGCCCCCAGCUUGGGGAUUGGCUUCUCCUCUCCUGGCUCGGCAGUUGUCGGGUCUUAUUGGCCGCUGAUUAGACCAGCCGGGGUCCACUAGCCCUGGGCUGCAGGGAGGCUGCUGCGUCCAGUGAACACUUCAGCACCUGUAGCACAGAAGGGCCAAGGAGCUGCAGUCCUCGACCAGCAGGAGGUUUGCUCCUCAGCCCACUCGCUGCAUCCAGAUCAGCUCACCCCUCUCCCUUCCCUGCCCACCAGGACUCUGAUAGCCCCUGGCAGCCACAGCCCAUUUUGCCAAGAUGUCUAGGGUAGCCAAAUACCGCCGGCAGGUGAGUGAAGACCCCGACAUCGACAGCCUGCUGGAGACCCUGUCUCCCGAGGAGAUGGAGGAGCUGGAGAAGGAGCUGGACGUGGUGGACCCAGACGGGAGUGUUCCCGUGGGGCUGCGGCAGAGAAACCAGACGGAGAAACAGUCUACGGGUGUGUACAACCGGGAGGCCAUGCUCAACUUCUGUGAAAAGGAGACCAAGAAACUUAUGCAGAGGGAGAUGUCCAUGGAUGAAAGCAAGCAAGUGGAGACCAAGACAGAUGCCAAGAAUGGAGAGGAAAGGGGCAGAGAUGCCAGCAAAAAAGCCCUGGGCCCCAGACAGGACUCAGAUCUGGGGAAGGAGCCAAAGAGGGGUGGUUUAAAGAAAAGCUUCUCUAGAGACAGAGAUGAAGCUGAUGGCAAGACUGGCGAGAAGCCCAAGGAGGAGAAGAUCAUCCGGGGCAUUGACAAGGGCCGGGUCAGGGCUGCAGUGGAUAAGAAGGAGGCAGGGAAGGAUGGGAGAGGAGAGGAGAGGGCAGUGGCCACCAAGAAGGAAGAGGAGAAGAAAGGGAGUGACAGGAACACAGGCUUGAGCAGGGACAAGGAUAAAAAGAGAGAGGAGAUGAAGGAGGUGGCCAAGAAAGAGGAUGAUGAGAAGGUAAAAGGGGAGCAUAGGAACACAGACACCAGAAAAGAGGGUGAGAAGAUGAAAAGAGCAGGUGGGAACACAGACAUGAAAAAGGAGGAUGAGAAGGUAAAAAGAGGAACUGGGAACACAGACACCAAAAAGGAGGAUGAAAAAGUCAAGAAGAAUGAACCUUUACAUGAAAAGGAAGCCAAGGAAGACAGCAAGACCAAAACACCUGAGAAACAGACGCCCAGUGGCCCCACCAAGCCCUCUGAAGGACCGGCCAAGGUGGAGGAGGAGGCAGCUCCCAGCAUAUUUGAUGAGCCUCUGGAGAGAGUGAAGAACAACGACCCCGAGAUGACUGAGGUGAACGUCAACAACUCAGACUGCAUCACAAAUGAGAUCUUGGUCCGGUUUACUGAGGCUCUGGAGUUCAACACUGUGGUUAAGGUGUUUGCCUUGGCCAACACGCGAGCUGAUGACCACGUGGCCUUUGCCAUUGCCAUCAUGCUCAAGGCCAACAAGACCAUCACCAGCCUCAACCUGGACUCCAACCACAUCACAGGCAAAGGCAUCCUGGCCAUCUUCCGGGCCCUCCUCCAGAACAACACGCUGACCGAGCUCCGCUUCCACAACCAGCGACACAUCUGUGGAGGCAAGACGGAGAUGGAGAUCGCCAAGCUGCUGAAGGAGAAUACUACCCUGCUCAAGCUGGGCUACCAUUUUGAGCUGGCCGGGCCCCGAAUGACCGUCACCAAUCUGCUCAGCCGCAACAUGGACAAACAGAGACAAAAGCGGCUGCAGGAGCAAAGGCAGGCACAGGAAGCCAAGGGAGAGAAGAAGGAUCUGCUGGAGGUACCCAAGGCCGGGGCCAUGGCCAAGGGCUCCCCAAAACCUUCACCUCAACCAUCUCCAAAGUCCUCUCCAAAGAACUCACCCAAAAAAGGGGGUGCUCCAGCUGCCCCACCUCCCCCUCCCCCUCCCUUGGCUCCACCCCUUAUCAUGGAGAACCUGAAGAAUUCACUCUCACCAGCUACCCAGAGGAAGAUGGGAGACAAAGUCCUCCCUGCCCAGGAGAAGAACUCCCGUGACCAGCUAUUGGCCGCCAUCCGCUCCAGCAACCUCAAGCAGCUCAAGAAGUUAAGUAUGCCCAAACUGCUUCAGUAGGACCAGGCUGCCAGGCACCAUCUGCCAAUGCCAUGACUGCUCAGGCCUCACCUCCCAGGGCUACACAGACCCUGCCCACCCUGUCCCUGGCUGACCUGCUGUGGAUGUCCCUAUUCUGCCAUGGGAGAGUCAAGGCCUGGGUCACGCUCAAGGAAAGAUGCCUUAUCUCUUCUCACUUUCCUUUUCUUGUCUCUGAGGCUCUCCAAAUUUUGCUUUAAUACCUGGAGCUCAGGUUUCCAGACAAGAAGAGUCCUUUUAGCACAUCGCUGAGAAGAUGGCACUAUCCAGGGCCCAUGUAGCUGGCAAGCUGCAAAAGGCCUGUGAUCCAGGAAAGAUGUCCCACAGGGACCACAUCCACCCCAGCCCUACUGCCCUCCAGGGCCAGGAUUCAGGCCUCUGAGGAGCCCACGGGGCAAAGCUGCUGGGCCAGUGGCACUCUGUGUGGGAAUAUGGCAGAAAGAUGGAGAAGCAUGGGGGCCCAAAGGGGAGCCUGGGGAGGGGCUGAGGAUACCCCAAAGUCCAGGCUAAUCAGAGGACGUGGCAGGGGCAGUGGCCUGGAUGCACAGUGCCUGAUGGGAGUAGGCUCCAGACAGGAGGAGUGGGACAGACAGCAGCUGGACUUGAAGGUUUGAUGCCAAAGUAGACAUUUUCCUCACACCCACCUGCUACUGUAUGAAUAGCUGUGUAUCUGUUUUUCCAUAAGAUUUUGAUAAUAUAUACAAACCUUUAGCUGUGAAUGGCUGUGCCCCACCUGUUGUCCUGAACUGUGAGUCCUGAUCCUAACCCUGGGCUCCUUGGAGGACUCUAGAAGCUCAGGUUCCCUGCCACACUAUUUGAGUUGGCCAUGAAAUAAAUUCACAUCCUCAGAAAGUACAGCAUGGAGGAAAAUCUGAACUCUGAGCAGAAGACUCUCCAAUGACCUGGUUGUCCAGGUGUAGAAGGCCAGGCCUCUACUAGGUCUGCUCCUGAACCAGUCCUGCUGCCUGGAGUCAGUAGCCAGAGUUGUUCUCAGGGGUGCUGGGGCAGAGUGGUGCCCAGGGUGCUGGGAUGGCUAUAUUAGGCAUGUUCAGGGAUGCUCAUUCCAUGACUCUGCCUAACCAUGGGCUCAGGGCCAGGUCCUCACAGCAGUCACAGGCCCAGGAAGGAGGCAGGCAGAGAAGUGGAGUGACUAUUUGGAGAAUAGCACCCAUACCUGUGUGCCUUAGGGCUCAGAGGGGCCUCAUCUUCCCCAGCCCUCCCCACCUACUCACCAAUUCCACUUCCUUCCCCAACUGCAGGAAUGCUGACAAUGCUGCCAUGCCCACCAUUGGGUGUAGAUGAAAGGCACCUUUCUGAAUUUCAUUCUCUUGAAGGUGCUGGCACCCCUUGGCACUGUGGAACGGCCACCUUGGGUCUGUGUCACUUGUAGGUUUCUCUGCCUCCAGGUUGCCUCAACAGCAGGAAGCACAGCAGUUUCACCAUCUUUGAGGUGAGGGUGGGGUGCCCCAGCUAGGAAGCAAGAUCGCUGUGCUAGGUCUGACCAAAACCAGAGGGCAGUCUAGUCCUGGGGGUAAAGCCCUCAGAUCCCAGGGCACACUCUUCUCCAUUCCCUCCACCCACUUGCCUGUCACCCCAGUCACCUAAGCAAUCACUGGGCCCAGAGGAGAGGAGACAGACACACGCUGGCUCCUGGACCUAAAGGGUAUGAGCUGGAGCUAAGGCCAGCUAGAGCUUCCACUGUCAGCCCUCACUGUCAGCCCCACUGCACCCCCCUGUGCCUGCUGGGCACUGGGCGCUAGCUAGAUGCUUUAGGUUGCUUCAGCUGAUCCUUCAGGUCUGUGAGGUGGAUACCAAUAUUCUAUUUUGCAGAUAGAAUUUGGCCCAGAGAGGUUAACUAAUAUAUCCAUGAUCACACAGCUAAUAAAAGUCAGAGCUCA